UUACGCUAUCUAAUGGGCCUACGUAUAUAUUUGUAGGCUUCGUGGGCAAGCCCAAGACCCUAACAAGAAGGGCGUUGGCGCCCAAUAUGUGAUAGGAUUCGGUGGCUGCAUACGGUUAUGCACCACCACCGAACCUGUGAGCUAAUCCGGGAACCAGGCGGUCAGAAUGCUGGAAACCCGAUUUCCAGGGCCAAAUGGCCACCGUAGCCCAUAGCCCACGUUCUAUUCCCGCCGUACCAUGUGCCAACCGUGGAUAGUCUUUCUAAGACUAGCUAAGUGCCCAAUGGUAGUCUACCAUCAACCACAUCUCUACCAUUGGUAGAGAUGUGGUUGAUGGCAGAGAUGAUAAGUGCUCGAGGAUGGAGAUGUGCUUGAUAGCAGAGAUGAUAAGUGCUCUGGUUACGCUAGUGCAUCAGGCUAUGGUUCAAUGACCUUUCUUUCUAAACCUUUCACCUUCAUGCAACUAGCGACCAGGUGGAGCGCCUCCUACGAUCCGGUCUCAAACGAAAGCUCUUUGGCCGUACCAAUAAAAUUUGUGCACGCUGCAGAAAACAACAUCCAGUGGAUUGUCUUCGAGCUGGUCCAGAAGUUCCGCGGCCCCAGAACUGGCAAAUUCCACGCCAUCGCUUGGUGGUCAGCCCGAUGGCCCAUCGACUUCUGAGGACACAGAAUCUUCGUCGUCCGAGUCACCACAGCCACCCACCCGUCGACGAUUAGUGUCCCGACGUCGCAUGCUGGCCUAUAUGUCUUAUGAGUAGCCUGUCCGGUCCAUGCUCAAGCAUAAUGACCCGCUCAUGGGGACCGCCGAUGGUGUCGGCAAUGAGCAAAUCAUACAGCCGCUCGAUCGCUACAAUCACCACGAUCUCGCUAUAUCUUAAGCAAGUCCAACGUUCGCCAUCUACCACCACGCAGCGCCGUGUAGCUCUCAGCCAAGUUGAGCCCGUAGGAAUUCCCACGAAAUAACGCGUCAUCCCGAUUGAUUCAUUCCUAGCCGUUUCACGACGCAUUCCGUAAAACACAAUGGCGCCGUGUCUCUAAAAUGUGGAGUAGGACGUCCUACUAUGCACAAAAUUUCCAUUUUAUUCUACGAAUCACGCAAAUUACAAGAUAUCACCAACCUCUCUUCAUAGGUUUUCAAUCUAAUCCA